CAGUUCUCUCUCGACAUUCAUCGCGAUCACGUCUGUGUUGAUUGGGUAGAGUAAAAAGUCAAAUUUUCGGUUGAAUAUAAAUUAACUCACGCAAAAGGUCUCUUGUGCAAGAAUAACAACGAAAAUGUCGAAAAUGGCACCAGCUGGUAGUGAAGUGGAGCGUCCGGAGUGGCUCAAUGAAGAAUUCUUUGUUGAAAUCUAUGCCAAGGAUGCCCAUUUUGCGGGCAAGAAGUUCACAACGAAGAUCAACAGUUGCACAUCAGUUGUGGAAAUUGGUGAUAACUACACAUCAACCAUGUAUCGCGUUAAUGUUGAGGCAACAUUCGAAAGUGGUGAAAGUCAAACGGAUAAUUUCAUUGUCAAGGCCAUGAUUCACUUGGUGGAAGCUUUCAAGGAGUUCAGUAUUUUCCCAAUUGAGAUUGAGGCUUACGAACAAGCUUUGCCAGCUUUUGAAAGCUACUGGCGCGAAAUUGGGCAGAAUGUCGUGUUUAGCCCCAAAUGUUUGCAUACUGUUUCAGAUUUAAAAGAAAUCAUCGUUUUGACGGAUUUAAGGCCACAGGGCUUUGUAAUGGCAAAUCGUUUUGAAGGUCUCGAUCUUGAGCACGCGAAACUUCUUUUGUCCAAGUUGGCUAAAUUUCAUGCUUCAUCUGUGAUCUACAAGGAGAAGAACGGAAAAUUCGGCCCUAAACUCGGUCGGGUUGUGUUUGAACCGAAAAUGAAGAAGGUCUUUGAGGGCUUCACAGAAGGAAAUUUUCCAGUUUUCCUUAAAUUCAUCGAAACAUCGGAAAAGCUCCAUCCUUACUAUGAAAAAGCUGAAAAGUGGAGGCACAACAUGUUUGAGAGGCUCCUCAAAGUGUCCAAUGUCCCUGAGGAUACUGAAGAGUUUUGCGUUCUCAACCAUUCGGAUAUGUGGGUUAACAAUCACAUGUUCAAAUACGAUGAGAAUAAGCGGCCAGUUGAUGUGAUUUUUAUUGAUUUUCAAAUGAGCCACUGGGGUAGACCAGCUGUGGACCUGCAGUACUUUUUGUUCUCUUCAGUUCGCCCCGAGAUUGUUGUCCAAGAAUUUGACGCUCUUAUCCAGCACUAUCACAGCGUAUUAGUGGAGUCCCUAAAAUUACUCGGCUCAAAGAAAACUCCGCCAUUGCUCAGGGAUCUUCAUAUUCAAAUACUCGAGAGCAGUGCUUAUGGCUCAAUGUGCUUCAGUGGCAUUACUGCGAUCUCCAUUAUGGAUAAAAAUGAAAAUGCUUCUCUGGAGAAUUUCUUCAAGGAUGACGAAGCAGGAGAUAUAAUGCGCAAGAAAAUGUACUUCAAUCCAAGAUUCGAACACAAACUCAGCGUUCUCUUUCCAUUUUGCGACAAGAGGGGUCUUCUGGAUGUACCUGAUAUCACAGAAUCCGAAAUUAUUAGCGUUGAGGAAUCUGCAGAAGUUCCAACAGCUACAGCAGCAGCCACAGAAAGCACCAAAGCACCCGAAGAACCUUCAAAGGAAUCUCUCCAGGAUGCCGUCAAAGAGACCCAAGAGAAGCACACAGAAGAAGUUCCAGCUGUUAAUGGAAUUCAUGAAAAUGGCACCGUAGAAAGCUCCGUAGAUAAGACUUCAGCAACAUCACCCAAAGACGUCAGCGAUGUAACAGAAAUUCCCACGACAAUGUCACCCAAUGAGACGUCUCAGCAGAAAGAAGGAGCCCCCAAGAAUGAAAAUCCAAAAUGGUUAAAUAAGUUCUUCUUCCAAGAUAUGCUGCGAAAUGAAUUUGACACCUUCCGUGUGAUCCGUGUCAGUAUUGCUCCAGCAACGGGAAAAGGGGAAAAUUAUGCUUCUGUUAUGUACAGAGUCAAAUUGCAGAUUGAAAAUAAAGAGAAAAAUAUUGUGCAAAAGAACUUCAUCGUGAAGACAAUUCCCGAUCUUGGGAUUCACCAGGAAAUGCUGAAGCAAUUCAAUGUCUUUCCCAAAGAGAUUGAAAUGUACAGCGUAAUCAUUCCGGCUUUUGAAAAAAUGUACGCAGACGUUGGAGUUAAAAUUAACUUUGGACCAAGCUGCCUCAUGGCUGGAUUUGAACCAACAGACGUGAUUGUAAUGGAAGAUAUGAUUGAGAAGAACUACGCAAUGGCUAAUCGAAAGUUUGGGCUGGAUCUCGCGCAUUGUGAGCUCCUUCUGGCAAAACUGGCAAAAUUCCAUGCUGCUUCAGUGGUGUACCGCGAGAAGCACGGUCCGUACAAGGAAUGCUUCCAGGAGGGCAUCUACUCUGAGAAAAUGAAGCCAAUCUUUGAGCAAUUUUAUGCUGCGAGUGAGCAGCUCUUCAGGGAUGCCGCCAAAACGUGGAAUCUUUCGGAGAAAUUCACAAAUGUCAUGAUGAAUUGGAAGGACAAUCUUCUCCUGAAGUGCUUUGAUGUUGUCAAGGAAGAUCCCAAUUUCUUCAAUUGUCUCAAUCAUGGUGAUAUGUGGUGCAAUAAUUCCAUGUUUAAGUAUGAUUCAUCUGGGAAAGUUAAGGAUGUUAUUUUGGUUGACUAUCAAAUGUGCAAUUACACAUCACCUGCAAUCGAUUUGAACUACUUCAUCUUCACUUCGUGCCAAAAGGAUAUCAAAUUAGCCAAAAUGGACUAUUUGGUUCAGUAUUAUCACACCAAUUUAGUGAGUUCCCUGAAGCUUCUCAACAGUACAACAAAACCCCCAACUUUGCUUGAUUUGCAAAUUGAAAUGCUGCGGAAAAUGUUCUUUGGCGUUACAACGGUCCUUGGAACCUUUGCAAUUUGCGUUGCUGAUGCCAGUGAUGAAUCCGAAAUGGAGACAUUCAUGAGAACCGAUGAGAAAGCCAAUGAAUUUAAAAUGAAAGUCUACACAAAUCCCAGAUUUGUUGAUGCUCUCAAGGAACUUGUGCCAUUCUUCGAGGCAAAGGGGCUUCUGGAUUGAGGGUUAAAGCUCUCUCUGAUUUUGUGACUAAAAGUACAACACUUUCGCACGCACGUUCAUGUAAACAGGGUAUUUUUUUUGUUUUUGUUAAAAAGCACAGUCAUUUACAAAAAAAAGAAAAACAAAUUGUUAAACUAACUGAAAGAGAUUUUAUUAAAGAAAUAAAGAAAAGUAUUAUUUCAUUUUAUUUUAAAAA